CUCGAAUUUAUGUUUUGAUUUUCACAUUCGGGUUGUCAAUUGGAAGUGUAAAGAUGACGGAAUUAUUUGAAAUAUUUAACAUGGAAAAUCAUGUUUUCCGAGUUUAUGUUUUUUGGGUAACUGUUCUUGUGUUUAAAAUGCUGUUGAUGCCGGUGUUGACAGUUUACCAAAGAGUCAAGAACAAGUCUGUUGCAAGUCCUGAAGAUUCACCAAAAGGAAUUGUUUUGUGUUCUGAAGACGUAGAAAGUAUUCGAAGAGCCCAUCGGAAUGAUCUUGAAAACAUUCCACAAUUUAUUGUUGUUGCAUUCUUUUAUCUAAUGACAAAUCCUUCACCAUUUAUUGCAACAAAUCUUAUUCGGAUUGUGGGAAUUGCAAGAAUUAUUUAUACGAUUGCUUAUGCUAUUGAUCCGAAACUGCCAGCACGAGGUCUUUCUUUUUUAGCAUCUUUGAUAAUUACAACCUAUAUGUCAAUUUCUGUUCUAAUUUAUUUUUAUUGAACUUUGUACAUAUGUGAAAUUGCUGUGUAAUCAUUAAGGUCAUUUGCACACACACUAUCAUGGAAAUCAUCGACAUCUUUAAUAAAU